CCGGGAGGCGGUGGGAUGACCCGUGGGUCGUCAUCGCAUGCGGCGGCGAUGCUGGCGGCGCAGCAGGGGCCGCAGGGCAAGCGCCGAAGGAUGGAAAACGUGCCUGGGUUUCGGUGAAGGGUCGGAGCGGAGGUGUAAAGUGGGAUAGGAUGGAUGAGGUUUGGGAGCGGGUUUGUUGCAAGGGUAUUCCGAGAUGUCCGGUACGCCGGGACCUGGGGUUGAGCUGGGUAAGCUGUCCGCGGCUUGUCAUGUCGGGGUGAAGUGCCGGGGGCCUUGUUGCCGUGUGAGCACUUACAUGUACGGUAAGCGUGGCGCAGCAGCCGGAAUGCUCUUUGAAGCUCAGCAACUCGAAAAUCAAAUGUGCUGGCUGAGUUUGGGCGCGGGAGCAGCAUAGGGUGGCUGUUGACGUAGGGGGAAACGCGCGCGGGCGGGAUGUCUACUGGUUAUGCCAAAUGCGCGAGGUUAGGGUUUCGACGGUUACAUGCGCCGUUGGCUUUUACCUCUUCCUGUCUAUAAUACCGGGGAAAACGUGGAUGCCACUAUUACAAGCGUGCAGUUGUCGCCUUCAAUGGGCUGAAACGCUGAAUGGCUGUACACCAGCGUUUCUAGUUCAAUACAAAUCAAACUCCACUUACUAAACAGUGUAUAAACUAACACGUUGGCCCAUUCACAUAAGCUUUCUGUUAUACUGUAUCAUAAGAGAAAUGGGAGACGCAGAUUGGGAGUACUUGGAACGCCAGCUGGAAGGCCCAGCUGCUGACGCAAGCCCAGCUGCAAAGGAAUCAAAUGGUGUAGAGGAACGUCCUAAAGAAAGGCGUGACAGCCGUGACCGGGGCGGCAAAGACCGUGAUAGGGAUCGCGAGAAAGAUAAGGAGAGGCGGCGCAGCAGGAGCCGCAGCCGUGACCGCGACCGGCGACGCGAUAAGGAUGACCGGGAUCGAAGAGAUGACCGGGACCGCAGGGAUCGUGGCCGCAGUCGCGACAGGGACCGUCGGGACCGUCGAGAUUACGACCGGGAGCCACGGCGAGAGCAUGAAUCCCGUGGCAGGCGUAGCGAUCCAGCAUAUGAUCGGCGGCGGGAGCGUGAGCGGACACCCCCGGAGGUGCGGGCUGCGCGGGAGGCUGAGAAGGAGCUUCGUGAGAUGGAGCGGUCAACGCGCACUGCUUUUGCAUACAACCUGAACCUCCGGGCGGAUGAGCGUGACAUUUACCAGCUGUUUUCCAAGGUGGGCAAGGUUGUGGACAUCAAGCUCAUCACGGAUAAAACGACGAAGCGCAGCAAGGGCUUCGCCUACAUUGAGUUCAGCAAGGUGGAGGAGGUUAUCGCCGCUGUGGCACUCACCGGCACCGUCUUCAUGGGUCAGGCCAUCAUGGUCAAGAGCUCAGAGCACGAGAAGAACCUGGCGUGGGAAGCCCAGCAGCAGGCCAAGCAGAACCAGCUCAAGGCCGCCUCUCUGCUGGCGGGCGCCGGCGUGACGGGCGCCAACGAUGCGCUGCCCGUGGGCCCCUGCAAGCUGUACGUGGCCAACCUCAACGCAGCCAUUGCGGAGGCGGACGUGCAGCAGCUGUUCGCGCCGUUUGGGCAGAUUGACAGCGUGCAGCUGGUGCGGGACACCACGGGGAAGUCGCAGGGCUACGGCUAUGUCACCUACUCCAACGUGCUCGACGCCACCAAGGCCCUGGAGCACUGGAACGGCCGCAUGGUGGCGGGGUCCGCACUCAAGGUGUCCGUCUCCUCCGUGGCAGCCACCGCUGCCGCGCCGGGGGCAGCAGCCGCGCUGGCGCUGCCAGGAGCGGCAGGGCUGCCGGGGGCCGCCGGACUGGCGUUGCCUGGGGCUCCGGGCGCAGCGGGGUUGGCUGGGCUGACGUUGACGCCGCAGGUGGCGAGUCGCUUUGGACUGGCGGUGCCGGGAGUGGCGGCGGUGCCGGGGGCGCCUGCGGCUGCGGCGCCCGCAGUUGAUAACUCUGGCAUCGGUGAGCUUGACGAGGAGGAGUCACGCGGCGGCCUGAAGCUCACCUCGGACCGGCGGCAGGCCCUCAUGGCCCGACUAGCCUCCUCCGCCGGGCUGCAACCACCCAUGGCCCCGACGCUGUCCGUACCAGGCAUGCCAGGCGCGGCACCGGUGGCAGCAGCGCCUGCGGGACCCAAGCUGGACCCCAGCCUAGGGCUGAUUCAGAGCGUGCUGGGCCCUGCGUCGCCCAUCCCCACGCCCUGCCUGCUAAUUAAGAACAUGUUUGACCCGGCGGAUGCUGAGGCGGAGAUGGGGCCCGAGUGGGCGGAGGAGAUUACGCAGGAUGUACGGGACGAGUGCUCCAAGUACGGACCUGUGGUACACGUGCACGUGGACACGGCCAGCAAGUGCCGUUGCCGCUGUGCCGGGAUGCUGCCUGCUGCCGCCGUACAUCGAACGUCGGCAGCCUCGCCGUGCCCGUGUGGUGGGUUAAGGGUCAGGUAUGCCGCCCAUCCGCCCACGGCUUUCAUGCAAAGUGGCGGGUGGGUGGGUCAGGUAAGUAGCAGGGCCCGCCGCGCUUCGAAGAUUACGAUUUCUCAUGGCAGCUUGCGGAGCAAGAACUUCUUACCGUUUUAUGACUACCGCUUUUGCACUGGCCAUGGCAACCUGAUCUAGGACAACAUAGGCUUGUGGCUAGCUAACUUUCGACCAGUCCUAUAAGGCCUGAUGCAUGCUAAAGGCCCCCGCUGGUCGGGCGCUUGUUCGCAGGUGCUCCUCCCUGCUGCACUCAGGGGCAACCAGAGCAGGGGUGCAGCAGGGCGCGUGUCGUUUGUGCGUGCGCGUGUUGAGGUCUUUCUUCUCGCAGGUCAUGUCCCAUGCAUGCAAAGAAGGCGACCGCGUUUCGUUCAGGAAACCUCGUUAUGUGCAGGUCUUCUGGUGCAAUUCAGCAAGCGCUCUGCAUUCUGGGAGGAACGUUUUGUUUUUAUCGCGCAGGUUUUAGACUCCCAAUCGACCCCUCGAGUCCAUAUGCAUCAGGAGCAUCCGUAGCAAGCAAUCUGGUUGUAGGCAAGGACGCGUCACUGCCCGCGUUUUACCUAGAGAAGCCUCUUGCUCUGUUACCGCACCCAAACAUUUACGCUGGUUUUGCUUUUGGCCGAUCUCCCUUGCCCUAGCCUUACCUGUCCAUCCCAAAUCUCGGAUUUUCAGGUUAUCACCACUUCCGCUUUGCACUGACCUUGCGUUCCCCGGGCGUGUGGCUUCCCAUGCGGCUUGCCGCUGGAUGUUGUCGCUGCCCUGCCCCUUUUCGCAUCCUCCCUUCCCCUCUCUCGCAGGGCUGCGUGUACCUCAAGUGCGGCAGUGUGGAGGCGGCGACGGCGGCGCAGCACGCAAUGAAUGGGCGCUGGUUUGCGGGGCGGCAACUAGCGGUGGAGUUUCAGUUCCUACAACCCUACAACUCGCAUUUUAAGUGCUAAGCCGAUAGCUGAUCGGCGCGGUCGAUGAACGUCUCCCGGACCCGCAGGUGACCCGGAGCCCUCGGCAUGGGCUGUGGCGGCGGCAUUGGUGCGACAAGGGUGUGGAACGUGGUGGCGUUUAAUUGCGGUUGCUGUGCACUGUUCCGUUGUCAGCUUUCGACUUGGUUGGAAGGGGAAGGAUUGAGCGCUGCAUGAGUGCAGUUUGGGAAGUGGCACGACUAAAGGCGGUCGCUGCUGUAGCGUAUGGGUUUGUCGUCAUCUUGCAGCUCAGUCUCUGCAUGCAUUCAGAGUAUAAACUACUACCAUGCUGUUAGCCCCAUACCUGCUUGAGCAUUGCAAGCCCUAGCGGUUGCAGAUGGAAUGUGGACCUGUCCCAGAUGGCUAGAAGGAAGCGCGGCGUGUGGACGGGAUCCACAUGUAAAUGAUGAUCAAAGGGAUCUUCCUUACAGCUGUCAUCCCACACGUUACGAC